UGCUGAGCCCGACCGGCCGGGGCUGCGGGGCGGGCGACAGAGCCAGGAGGCCGGAGAAGGAGGCGGUGUCUCCUCUGGCUUGCGGAGGCCAAGGGAGUUUGAGAAGCAGCUGCUAGUUGCAGAGGGAUAGCGUCCUGAGGCAGCACGUCCCCUCGGAGCCACCGUAAGCGCGGUUGCCGGCGGUCACGUGACGCAGAGUGGCACCAUGGCUGCCCCCAAGCCGCUGUCCCGCUUCUGGGAGUGGGGAAAAAACAUCGUGUGCGUGGGCAGGAACUAUGCAGACCACGUCAAGGAGAUGCGCAGCGCCGUGCCCAGCGAGCCAGUGCUCUUCCUGAAGCCGUCCACCGCGUACGCCCCCGAAGGCUCGCCCAUACUGGUGCCCGCUUAUUGCCACAACCUGCACCAUGAGCUGGAGCUGGGCGUGCUCAUGGGCCGGCGCGGCCGUGCGGUACCCGAGGCCGCGGCCAUGGACUACGUGGCCGGCUACGCUCUGUGCCUAGACAUGACCGCCAGGGACGUGCAGGAAGAGUGCAAGAAGAAGGGGCUGCCCUGGACCCUAGCCAAGAGCUUCACCGCCUCCUGCCCAGUCAGCGCCUUCGUGCCCAAAGAGAAGAUACCUGACCCUCACGCCCUGAGACUGUGGCUCAAGGUCAAUGGUGAGCUCAGACAGGAGGGCGAAACAUCCUCCAUGAUCUUUUCCAUUCCCCACAUCAUCAGCUACGUCUCCAAGAUAAUGACCUUGGAAGAAGGAGAUCUCAUCUUGACUGGGACACCCAAGGGAGUUGGGCCAGUUAAGGAAAACGAUGAAAUCGAAGCUGGCAUAGACGGGGUGGUCAGUAUGAAGUUUAAAGUGCAAAGGUCAGAAUGUUGACUGUACAGAGCGCCCUGUCCUACCAAGUGGCAGGAGCGAAGGGAGAGAGAAGAAAGUUUAUUAAGAUGCGGCAGUCUUUUAAUAGAAGCCCAUUCUAAAAAUGAUCUGAUUGGAUUGCCAGGCCUCAGUCAAGGACGUGGACCUUUCAAGAAAAACGAAAUCGGGAAAAGCUGGGCCAGAAGUGGAAAAAAAAACAAAGUAAAAGAUGUGUCGUGCUUUCCAACAAGAAAAUGUGCCUUCGUUUCCUUCCUUAAAACUGAACUAAAUAAGACUUUUCACUGAGUCAUUCUGAGGUCAGUAGCUCAAGAUUUAAGAACUGCAAAGGGAAGGGAAAGUCAAAUGCUGGUAGUGGUUCCCAAACUUCCUUGGAUUUGAUAGUCAUUUGGAGGCAUACCCUCUCAAUUAAUUGAUGGGACUAAUUCCAGGGAAGCUGCCUUUGUAAAACACUCCGUUUGCUCCUUACCAGAGAAAGAUGGCAAAACACUACCUCAAAUUCAGUUUAAAGCUUUGUUAUUUGAGCUAUUGGUGAAGGCCUUCCUUGGUUACUUUGGGUAUCUAUACUGGCCUGUGGAUGCUGACUUUUGGAGAUAAUUUUGAAAUUGUUAUCCAAAUAAACAUGCUGCUUUGUGUGACAUAAA